GGAUGUGAAUGGACCAGGCCUGGGACAGAGCCCACGGGCCUUGGCCGAGCACAGCCACUGUCCAAGUGCGGGAGCUGAGCUGGCAAGGCCUGCACAAUCCCCGCCCACAGAGCAAGGACCCAGGCAGCCAUAGGGACAGCCGUGGCGAGCAGCUGGUAGAGGAGUACCGGUCACCUGCCCGACUGCGGGCCCUGGCCCAGGUAGAUGACCUUCGACUGGUGAACAUGCUGGAGAUGUGUGUCAACACCCGUGAGAACAGCCUGGGGAACUUUGGGGUGCACCUGCCCAACCUCAGCCAGCUGAAGCUCAACGGCAGCUGCCUGGGCUCUGUGAGAGACCUGGGCACUUCCCUGGGCCACUUGCAGGUGCUGUGGCUGGCUCGCUGCGGCCUGACUGACCUGGAUGGCAUUGGCUCCUUCCCGGCCCUGAAGGUGGGUCUGUGGUGCCCUGGGCUGGGGAGAGGGUGCCGGGCCAAGCCCUGGCUGAGCCCCCUGCCGCCCCAGGAACUCUACGUCUCCUUCAACAACGUCUCAGACCUGAGCCCGCUGUGCCUGCUGCAGCAGCUGGAGGUGCUAGACCUGGAGGGCAACAGCGUGGAGGACCUGGGGCAGGUGCGCUUCCUGCAGCUGUGCCCGAGGCUGGCCACGCUCACCCUGGAGGGCAACCUGGUGUGCCUGCGGCCAGCGCCCAGCCCUUCCAACAAGGUGCCGCGGGGCUACAACUAUCGGGCAGAGGUGAGGAAGCUCAUCCCCCAGCUGCAGGUCCUGGAUGAGGUACCAGCCACACACACAGGCCCCCCGGCCUCCCGGAAGCUGGACCAGGACUGGCUCAUGGUGAAGGAGGCCAUCAGGGAGGGCAGUGUCUUGGAUGGCCUGCUCCCUGGGCUGGAUCAUCCCCAUGGAGCCCCCAUUCAGAAACUCAGCUCCGAGCUCUCCUUGCCCGAGACCCAGCCAUGGGCCCCCAGGCCAUGGCCACUCUCCCUACUGGUCACUGGGGGUCCUCUGCCUGAAAGCCUGCUUCCCAAGGACCCAGCUCCAGAGGAUGACACCAGCAACCUCACCCAUGGGGCUAGCCGAGUCCUCUGCGGGAACCCCACCAGAGGCCUGCGGGAGCGUCGACACCAAUGCCAGGCCUGGGCAGGUCCGGAGCAGCUGCCCCCACACAGGCUGAAGGAGCUGGCUGCCUCUAUUCCAGGGCCUGAUUCUACAGACAGCAGUGACCCCCUGGCCUUGGCGAGGCUUCCGGCCUGCAGGGAGUUGUGCCUGUGCCCCCUCCCUGGUAGGUCCCUGGAGUCCCAGCAAGAAGGUGCCACAGCCCCCUGGGGCCCAUGGAGGGGCCCUGAAGAGCAAGAGGACAAGUCUAGGCCCAAGACUCCCUCCAGCCCCCUAUGCCUGGUCCCAGAGCCUUCCAGGACUUUGGGCUAUAACCUGACCCCCUCUCCCCCCAAGACACCCAUGCCUUCUGAUUCUAGCAACAGUUACUGGGGGUCCACAGGCCUGCAGUUCCGGAGGCGGAGGCUCAGAGCCCUGUGUAGCUUAGGGCCUGGCUUAGGGCAGGGACCUGGCCUAGGGCAGGGAUUGGCUACAGUGACGGAUCUGAGAGCCCUGGAGGUGACCUCAGGCCCAAGCCCUAGAGCCCAAGGAUGUCCAGGCCCAAAGCCAGCACCGGAUCCAGCAGCCAGACCCCCCCGCCUCAGGUGCAUGCCACACCUGAACCCUAUCACCCCAGCCCAAUCCCACCCCUAGUG